AUGCCAGACAUCAAAGUCAAUGUCACAUUCUAUCCCACCUCGUUCAUCCUGGUUGGAAUUCCCGGACUAGAGGGAGCGUAUAAGUGGGUUGGUGCUGGUGUUUGCUUAUGUUAUGUUCUGGCCUUGCUUGGAAACAUGAUGCUCCUGACUGUCAUCUCAGCCUCUUCUGGCCUCCACAAGCCUAUGUUUAUUUUCCUUUCUCUGCUGGCCUCCAAUGAUGCCCUUCUGUCCACAAGCAUUGCCCCGCAAAUGCUGUCUAUCUUUUGGUUCCAGAAGAGACACAUUGGUUUUGAGUCAUGUCUCCUCCAGAUGUUCUUCCUCCAUUCUCUCACCAGCUUAGAGUCAGGACUGUUGCUUGGUAUGUCAUUUGACCGUUAUAUUGCCAUAUGCCAACCACUCAGAUAUGGGUCCAUAAUGACCAACACCAUCAUCCUCAAGCUGGUCAUUGUCUUACUGGUCAGAGUGGUCACUUUGUUAGGUCCCUGCAUGAUUUUGAUCAAGACCUUUCCAGCUUUUAAAACCAACAUUGUGCCCCAUUCUUACUGUGAGCACAUGGCGAUUGUGAAGCUUGCUGCUGCCGACAUCAGAAUAAACAGUGCUUUGGGGUUAGCUGUGGCAUUUACGAUUCUAGGAGUAGACCUGCUGUUUAUCCUGGUAUCCUACUGUGCCAUCUUCCAUGCUGUCUUCAGCCUUCCAUCCAAAGACGCCCGACUGAAAACCUUUAAUACCUGCAUACCCCAUCUGUGCGUCUUUCUAAGUUUUCAUGGUCUGGCCCUCUUCACUUUCCUGUCCCACCGGUAUGGCGGUAGAAGGAUCCCACCUUAUGUUCAUAUAAUUCUAGCCGAUACGUACCUUCUAGUCCCACCCAUGCUGAAUCCAAUUAUUUAUGGCGUGAAGACAAAACUGAUUCGGGAGCAAGUCUGGAAAACUUAUAUAAAUAUCAAAACCCUCAAUAAAGUGACAGAAUCUGUGAAGAUGUUGUAUGUUUGUCCUCCUGGUUGUCAGUUCUCCCAACAAAUGGUAGCCGGAAAUGGUAAAACUCAGGCAGUUACUUAUUGA